AUGGAUGUUGUCUGGAAGGACACCACCACUCAUACCACAGGUUUACUCAACGAUACCGGCUUUUUGCAUAUGCAGGCUCUGAUGACAACUGCCCGCACCUGCAAGACCAACUUCCACUCCACAAGCACCAGGGAGAACAACCAUUUGUGGCUGCAGCGUGCCAUCUGUUGCCUCCAAGACAUUCUCGACCGUUUCUGCUGUUUCCCCUCCAGUCUCCACUCCAUCAUCCUCGACGUCACAGACUUUCAGCACAGGGUUAUGGACAUUUGGGCACUUAUGGAGUGGUGGCUCUGCAUGAAGAACAGGUUCUACUCCCACAAUUGGACCAAGGUCAAAGGCCUCAAGAAGGAGGAUGGUAUUCGGCCUGAUAGCUCUAACUCCAUCUCUCUCGUCAACAUCAACCACCCUUGCAUUAUCAUCAAAGGCUACCAUGAGAAUAGUGUUGACAUGCACUACGGUCACAGCCAUGAAGACCCAGAGUCGUUCAAGAUUCACGGCAUAUCUGCCAAUGACCUUGGUCUGGGUCUCCAGAAUCUCCUCAAGCAAGGAGCAUUAUCAGUUUGGUUCUUGAAUUAUGAGGCCGGGCCCUCUACCAGACCAUCUUGUCCAAAGCCUUCAAAAUCCAAGCGCUCAAUACCCUAUACCCACCCCUCCACUGGUCCCAAGAGGGAGCAGUGCGACAAGCGGACCAAUUUGAUUCACAAGUUCUGGCCUGACAGAUUUGAUGCUUGGAGGGUUGCGUUGAAAGAAGUUGACAAGUCCUUCUCCUGCGUUUGCAACGUUGCCAUGAACAGCGGCUAUUUUUUCCCCGAGCCUGCCCUAUUCUGUGGGGUGACCAACUUCUCUUGCCUUGCAUGUUAUGUCAAGAAUUGGCUAGCAAACUGCAAGCCGUGGAUCAAUUAUGUCCGCACCAGCCCUCCUGAGCUCCCGCCUAAGGGGCAGAACUGGCAGAAUUCCCUCAACGGCGCUAUCUGGGUCUGCACCCUUGACAACAACGGCUCUGGUAGCGAGCGCAACAAGGCCUGCAUGCUUUGGUUCCUCCAUCCCAUCCUUCACAUUGCUCAAGAAAAUUGUGAAGUCCCCUCCAUCGUUGUUUGUGGCACAGCAAUCACCUGCGAGCAGAUGUAG